AUGUCCAAUCCCCUCAAGUCCUCCAAUAGUGCGUCUCCCUUCAUCAAGCGAGAACAAUUGAGACGAGACUUUUUAAAGUCGCGGCUCAAGAAAACUGGGACUCCUAAACCCUACGUCAAGAAGGAGGAUCCCGAAGCUUAUGAUGAGCGCACCAACCAGCUUUUGAAUGGCAACAAUAGCGGGGGCAGCUCAAGCUCCCACCGAGGUAUUAAACAAGAAACUGCAACUCAAUACAACGAAUUCCCAUUGCGGGCGGUUUCCCACGAGCAUUUGGAAAACAUCAGAACACACAUUUUAAAGUUUCAAAGCAAGAAGAAAAUCGACCCGAAAAAAGACUUGCAUCUUCCAGUCAGAUUGCAUCGUAAAGAUACGCGAAACUUGCAAUUUCAAUUGACCAGGGCCGAAAUUGUACAGAGACAAAAAGAGAUUGCAGAUUACAAGAGGAAGGCAGAGGCAGAAAGAAGCGCUAGCGAAACCGGACAAAGUAGUGUAGCUAUAUCCACCCCAGUUCCUACGGAUUCUGGAGUUGCUUCACCUACUCCUCAAACGUCAACCGGGACACCAGCCGAGACGCUGGCGGGCACACCCGAGCAAACACCCAUGAAAACAGAGUUUCACGAACGGGAAGGUGGCCUUUCAGCUUCUGCUAACAAUGUUGACGAAAGCAACAAAAGCGAUAUAAACGAAGCAAAACCUGUAGUGCCGCCAGUAACUAGAUUAGAAGAAGCAGGGAUUGCCGAUGAUCCGACCAAGGCUGGUAUGGUAAAAUACGAUGGGAAGGAAAAGCCAAUAGAAACUGAUGGAAAGGAGGAUCCAUUUGCGGAUGUGGCCCCUGAUGGAGGCGGGCGCUAUAAAAGAGGUAAUGUAAAGAGGAAAACUCGGUCACUGAAAUUGUUAGAUGAAAAUGCUAAACGAUUAAGGUUUGAGGAGUUCUAUCCAUGGGUAUUGGAAGAUUUCGAUGGGCUUAAUACCUGGGUGGGGUCCUAUGAAGCAGGUAAUUCGGACUCAUAUGUUCUUUUAAGUGUUGAAAAUGAUGGUAGUUUUACUAUGAUACCCGCAGACAAGGUAUAUAAGUUCACUGCGAGAAACAAAUAUGCUACACUUACUAUUGAUGAAGCUGAAAAGCGUAUGGAAAAAAGUGGAAAAGGUAUUCCUCGUUGGCUAAUGAAGCACCUUGAUGACAUUGGUACGACAACGACAAGAUAUGAUAGAACACAAAGACGAUUACGUGCAGUAGAUGCUCGUCAGGGUGAGGAGGAUGAUAGGAAUGAUAACUCAGAAGUUGAACUUGAUUUUGAUGAAGAGUUUGCCGACGAUGAAGAAGCUCCAAUUAUUGAUGGUGAUGAGAAGGAGAAUAAAGAGUCCGAACAAAGAAUUAAAAAAGAAAUGCUCCAAGCCAAUGCAAUGGGUCUACGUGACGAUGAUGAAAUGGAUGAGGAUUUAUUCGGAGAGAAGAAGUUUGACGAUGAGGGUGAAAAAACAAUGAAAGCACUUCAAAAGUCAGACAUGGCUGCGCUAUACGAUUCGGAUGACGAAUCGAAAUUAAAUCCGUACUUAUCUGAAUCAGAAGCUGAAAAGCUUGAAGAGGAUAAAGAAAAAGAAGAUAGCCAAGAAAAUGGCAAGUCUAGUAGAAAGACAUCUCCCCGGAAGAAGUCACCAAGAAGUACGCUUUCAGGGCCUCGUGUACACGUUAAGAGCAUCAAAGACUUUCAAGUUGUUCUGAAGGCUGAUAAAUCUAUUUUGAAGAACUUUCCCGAAGGAUCGUGGAAUCCACAUGCUAAGAAAAGCAAUUCGAACGCAUCCAGUGGGGCAUCCUCACCAGUAAUUAAAAUCGAAGAUAAUGCGGAGCAUCAAGACUUAUUAAAGGAAGAGGACAUUAUCAACGUAGUAUCGGGUCGCAAAAUGACUUUGAAACAACUGAUCAAAGAAUUGAAGGAAAAAGUUGCGAAACAUCCUUCCAACAAGGAUAGGAUGAAGCACUUAGUAAAGAAAUUGGUAAAACUCAACGAAGGAUACUUAGAGCUGAAUAUAAGCAAUGGGAGUUGA